AAUAAGAACACGCAAGAUUAAUAAUCUGUGGACAUGAUUUAACAGUUUUGACAAUUUUGACAGCAAACAGUUUGACAGAGAAAGAUUCGUCGGCGUACCUUGCCUGUGAUAUUUUCAAAACGAUUUUCUCGCUUUUAUUGAAAUAGUAAACGAAAAGAAGUUUUAAAUCUACUUAUAAAUUAAUCAGUUGAUUAUAAAAAUAUCAAAAUGAGUUUUGGUCUGCCUCCGUUGAAAGUAAAACCUGAACAUGUCAGUAAUAUUGAGCCCCAGGAAGGCCCAUUUGGAGUGCCCAACCCUCUGGUGGCCGGUAUGGCUGCUACGAAGUCCAAACUUGGCAUGUCUCACCCGAUAGAAAUAUCUGAGAGAAAUUAUCAUUUAAAUCAGGAAAAGAUGAACAUGGCUAUGCUCCGUAACAUCCAGGGUCUGCAUGCGCCACUCAAACUCACCAUGGAAAUGAAGUUCACUAACAAAGUUGGGCACCUUCCUUUCCUGCAGAGGUCAAACUUCCAGCACGAUGUGUUGACUGGCAAACACUUGGAUAUUGGUUUUGAAGACAUUCUGAACACUCCAGAGAUGUGUGAAGUAGCUGGUCAGCCCCAUGCUGUUGUAGAGCGAUCUCUCGGAAUACUGUGAGCUAGUUAUUUUAGGUUUCUCUGUAUUGUACUGCUGAUUUUUAAUAAAAACUUAUACUAAUA